UCUUAAGUAACCUUCUGUAUUUUGUAACCAUACCAAAUGUAACAUCAUACUAAUUUCAGUGUCCCGGAUUUACAUUUACUAUAAUACGUCUAGUCUAUGAGACCAGGCUGUUAUGGUAAAAGCAUUGCACGAAUCUAUCAUCAUAUUUGCAGGUCCCAAAAAAAUAGCCUUUAAUAAAAAUGUCAUGCAAUUCUACGUCAUUGUACAUAUUCGCAGAAUCUUUUCUAAUACUACACAAAUUACUGAAAUUACAGGCUGAAUGGACAGAGAGAUAGGCCUAUGUGUUCAUCUUAUCAUAUUUUUUUAAUGCCAAAUCCGUGUGUCUUGUUUGCAACGAAACUGUCCCUGUUUACAAAUAUUUAAAUCUGAGACAUCAUUAGGAAUCUGAGCAUGGUACUUUCAAAGGUUAGGCCUACCUUUCCACCCUAGACAGAGCAGGCCUACAGACACAGAAAAAUGCUUUAACUGCUGGCUAUUUUUCUUCCAUGGCUUAACCCAACGAGAGAAGGUCACAGGUGUUUCCCUAAAAGCUACCUGGGUUUAAACAUAUUCUAUUGUACAGAAUUAGAUUACUUCCCAAGCAAAGUACAUUUUUGUCUCCUCGACUAGGCCUAUUUCAGCACGCUUAUAGGGAAGGACAUUCAACAAGCACAGCACUUACACAGAAAACUGAUGAUUGGAUUUGAGAAAUUGAUGAUACAAAGAUUGUGGGGGCUGUUUUGUUAGACUUCAGUGCGGCUUUUGACAUUAUCAAUCAUAGUCUACUGCUGGAAAAUGUGUUAUGGCUUUACACCCCCUGCUAUAUUGUGGAUAAAGAGUUACCUGUCUAACAGAACACAGAGGGUGUUCUUUAAUGGAAGCCUCUCCAACAUAAUCCAGGUAAAAUCAGGAAUUCCCCAGGGCAGCUGUCUAGGCUCCUUACUUAUUUCAAUCUUUACUAAUGGCAUGCCACUGGCUUUGAGUAAAGCCAGUUUGUCUAUGUAGGCGGAUGACUCAACACUAUACACGUCAGCUACUACAGCAACUGAAAUGACUGCAACACUUAACAAAGAGCUGCAGUUAGUUUCAGAAUGGGUGGCAAGGAAUAAGUUAGUCCUAAAUAUUUCAAAAACUAAAAGCAUUGUAUUUGAGACAAAUCAUUCACUAAACCCUAAACCUCAACUAAAUCUUGUAAUAAAUAAUGUGGAAAUUGAGCAAGUUGAGGUGACUAAACUGCUUGGAGUAACCCUGGAUUGUAAACUGCAAUAGUCAAAAUAUAUUGAUACAACAGUUGCUAAAAAUGGGGAGAAGUCUGUCCAUAAUAAAGCGCUGCCCUACCUUCUUAACAGCACUAUCAACAAGGCAGAUCCCACAGGCUCUAUUUUGUUGCACCUGGACUACUGUUCAGUCAUGUGGUCAGGUGCCACAAAGAGGGACUUAGGAAAAUUGCAAUUGGCUCAGAACAGGGCAGCACGGCUUGCCCUUGGAUGUACACAGAGAGCAAACAUUAAUAAUAUGCAUGUCAAUCUCUCCUGGCUCAAAGUGGAGGAGAGAUUGACUUCAUCACUACUUGUAUUUGUGAGAGGUAUUCGACAUGUUGAAAGCACCGAGCUGUCUGUUUUAAAUGACUAGAACACAGCUCAGACACCCAUGCAUACCCCACAAGACAUGCCACCAGAGGUCUCUUCACAGUCCCCAAGUCCAGAACAGACUAUGGGAGGUGCACAGUACUCCAUACACCUUAUGGAACAGCGGGGACUGUGAAGCAACACAAACAUAGGCGCAGACACAUGCAUACACACACAUGAAAACAUACGCACUAUACACACACGUACACAUGGAUUUUGUGUUGUAGAUAUGUGGUAGGGGAGUAGGGGCCUGAGGGCACACACUUAGUGUGUUGUGAAAGCUGUUAUGAAUGUAUUGUAAUGUUUUUUUAAAUUGUAUAACUGCCUUAAUUUUGCCGGAUCCCAGGAUCCAUAAUAAAUACAAAUACAAAUAGAAGGUUGUAGCUCAGCUUCAAUGUCAAAAGACACGAAAACAAUGUGCAUCGGCGUUACGUCUUUCCGGGUGUUUUACAGCUUGUUUCUAGCAUAAAGCAUCGCGGACCAAAGCGCUGUUAUAAAUGACUUUAUAUAAUCCGAUCCUUUUUAUUUUCUUUAACAUCUUAAACUAACAAGAGGUAGGCCUGUGCUUUUUGCCAUUUACUUUAAUAAAAGGUAGGCCUAUGUCAUACCCUCUUAUACCUCCUCAAUUAGAGUCUUGGUUUUAACUUAACAGCCCUUCACUGACACCGGAGGUAGGCUAUUUAUAGAGUUCAUGGUGGGUGAAAGAAUUGACCGACAAAUCUAUGGAUAUAGCAGCCUAGCCUAAUUUCAUCUGUCAAUCAGGGACUCCUACCUAAUUAUUUCUUAAAUAGGAAGAAAUAGGCUCCAACACAAGGCCCUGUUGUUGUUAGUAAAGUCUAAUUAAAAUGGAGACUGUUGAAAUGAAUUAUGCCUAAUUGAAUUUGCCUACUUUCAGCACCAUGAGCUGUCCAUUUCCGAUUGAUUUUGCCGCGGCUGCUGCUUCAAGUUUCAGCACCACAAUGUAAGUUAUUGUGAGGCUUUUUGUGAGGUCAAUAAGUCUGAUAAAUACAUAAUGGACAAAAAAACAUAUUGUUUUUAAUCAAAUCAAUUAUAGUAGUAGCAAGCUAUCAAAGUUGACCUCGGUUCCUCCUUCUCAUAUUCGCCCUCUCCUUCUUAAACUAAAUAGAACAUAGGCUAUAGGCUAGUUUGCGCGCAAUCAAAAAGUAUUUUCGGAAGAAGCCUUUGACUCUCCUGAACUGCCACCAUAGGCCUACACAGCACAGUCAUUGGUUAGUCAGCACACAAAAAAGUUUUUUGAUCAGCUAGAGCAGAGCAGGCCGGGGCUCAGGGUUGGAAUAUCCAUUGCAGUGUGUAAUGCAGCCUAGUUUUAUUUACCCCAUCCCAGCAGCUAUCUUAGAAAUAUAACUUUGCUCUGUGCUUCUCAGAGCAUGCACUUCGUAGCCUGUAGCCUAAAGGCUAUGGAUCAUUUGAUUGAGACCACACUAAAUAGCCUAUAGGCACACUUGAUAUUGCGCGCCCAGCGGAGAAUCAGAGAUGAGGGGAGGUAUCGGGCACACAUCGCUAUAUAGCCUAAUAAGCAACUAAUUCUAAAACACUGAGAAAUAUAGAAAUUUCAUCAAUUACAAAUUACAUGACCCUCCCCUGAACUAGAUUUUAAAAUACUAAACCCUCCCCUUGACUCCCCAUUUUCCUCUCCCAUAUCGCUCUCAUAUAUAUCUCUCUCUCAUAUAUCUCUCUCUCUCUCUCUCUCUCUCUCUUUCUCAUACCUCUCUCUCACAUCUCAUCUGCUUUUGUUAGAGUGUCUUCUUGCCUCAAGGGUAUCCAGAGAGUGUCAGUGGCGAUUACCUGCAGUAUCAAUUUUGGGAUACCCUGCAGGUAGGUCUGUGUGAGAAAGAGAGAGUAUGUUGUUGUUUUGUGGAUAUGUGUGCCAUUAUUUAGAAAUGUCACAUUUAUUAUGUACACUACCUGUCAAAAGUUUGGACACACCUACUCAUUCAAGGGUUUUUCUUUAUUUUUACUAUUUUUUACAUUGUAGAAUAAAAGUGAAGACAUUAAAACUAUGCAAUAACACAUAUGGAAUCAUGUAGUAAACAAAGAAGUGUUUAACAAAUCAAAGUCUAUUUUAUAUUUGAGAAUCUUCAAAUAGCCACCCUUCGCCUUGAUGACAGCUUUGCACACUCUUGGCAUUCUCUCAACCAGCUUCACCUGGAAUGCUUUUCCAACAGUCUUGAAGGAGUUCCCACAUAUGCUGAGCACUUGUUGGCUGCUUUUCCUUCACUCUGCGGUCCGACUCAUCCCAAACCAUCUCAAUUGGGUUGAGGUCGGGGGAUUGUGGAGGCCAGGUCAUCUGAUGCAGCACUCCAUCACUCUCCUUCUUGGUAAAAUAGCCCUUACACAGCCUGGAGGUGUGUUGGCUCAUUGUCCUGUUGAAAAACAAAUAAUAGUCCCACUAAGCCCAAACCAGAUGGGAUGGCGUAUCGCUGUAGAAUGCUGUGGUAGCCAUGCUGGUUAAGUGUGCCUUGAAUUCUAAAUAAAUCACAGACAGUGUCACCAGCAAAGCACCCCCACACCAUAACACCUCCUCCUCCAUGCUACACAUGCGGAGAUCAUCCGUUCACCCACACCGCGUCUCACAAAGACACAGCGGUUGGAAACAAAAAUCUCCAAUUUGGACUCCAGAACAAAGCAGGUCUCUUCUUCAUAUUGGUGUCCUUUAGUAGUGGUUUCUUUGCAGCAAUUCGACCAUGAAGGCCUGAUUCACACAGUCCCCUCUGAACAGUUGAUGUUGAGGUGUGUCUGUUACUUGAACUCUGUGAAGCAUUUAUUUGGGCUGCAAUUUCUGAGGCUGGUAACUCUAAUGAACUUAUCCUCUGCAGCAGAGUUAACCCUGGGUCUUCCAUUCCUGUCCUCAUGAGAGCCAGUUUCAUCAUAGCACUUGAUGGUUUUUGCGACUGCACUUGAAGAAACGUUCAAAGUUCUUGAAAUGUUCCAUAUUGACUGACCUUCAUGUCUUAAAGUAAUGAUGGACUGUCGUUUCUCUUUGCUUAUUUGAGCUGUUCUUGCCAUAAUAUGGACUUUGUAUUUUACCAAAUAGGGCUAUCUUCUGUAUACCCCCCCUACCUUGUCACAACACAACUGAUUGGCUGAAACGCAUUAAGAAGGAAAGAAAUUCCACAAAUUAACUUUUAAGAAGGCACACCUGUUAAUUGAAAUGCAUUCCCGGUGACUACCUCAUGAAGCUGGUUGAGAGAAUGCCAAGAGUGUGCAAAUCUAUCAUCAAGGUAAAGGGUGGCUAUUUGAAGAAUCUCAAAUAUAAAAUAUAUUUUGAUUUGUUUAACACUUUUUUGGUAACUACAUGAUUCCAUAUGUGUUAUUUCAUAGUUUUGAUGUCUUCACCAUUAUUCUACAAUGUAGAACAUAGUAAAAAUAAAGAAAAACCCUGGAAUGAGUAGGUGUGUCCAAACUUUUGAUUGGUUCUGUACAUUUUAACUCUCUCUCUCGCUUUCUCUCUGACACACACACACACACACACACACACAGGCCUUCUUCAGUUCUCUUUCAGGUACUCUUGCCACCCAGGCCUCAUUAAGGGGUGUUGGUGUUGGAAAUCAAGAGGCAACAGUUGCUGCUGCAACAAUUACCUGGUUGUUACGAGGUUAGUGUUAAUGACUGUGAUAAGACCAUUGUCUACUUUCCUGUUAAGUGGUUUUAUUUAUUUUUAAUCUACUUUUUUAGAUGGCACAGGCAUGCUGGGAAGAAUCUUCUUUGCUUGGCUUAAAGGGUGAGUUUGGAUUUGUUUUGUAAUCUUCUACUAUUAUUACAUUUCAAUAUUAUUUUUCACAUUUCGUCUCUCUGUGUUUUAGGAAUAAACUGGACUCUGAGGCCAAAAAAUGGAGGUAGGGAUGUCAAGCAUCAAUAGUGGGUUCGUUCAUUGGGUGUUAUGGAAUUAUUGAGGAUGUCAAGGCUUGUGCUGUUUUCCUUAGGCUUGUCGCUGAUGUUCUCAAUGAUAUCGCCAUGUUCAUGGAAAUACUGGCUCCUAACUUCCCAACAUGCUUCACUCUAAUUGUGUGCUCUGCAGGAAUAUUCAAGGUAAACCUGAAUACCAUACUCUCUCUAGCAUUGAUUUUGCAGAUAGCAACCAGCUAUUUUGAAGGUUUUACUUGCUAUGUUCCUAAUAUGUGGUUGUUUUACCUACUUUGGUUGAAUGGACUGAUUGUAAUUCGCUCUUAAUAAGAGCGUCUGCUAAAUGUAAAUGUACACUGUUCGAUAUCUCUCUCUUUCUGUGUUUGUCAGUCCAUUGUCGGGGUUGCAGGUGGGGCCACCAGAGCUGCUUUGACUGUUCACCAAGCUCGCAGAGACAACAUGGCGGACAUCUCUGCCAAAGACGGCAGCCAGGUGCUCCAUACAUAUUUCUCUACCUGAUGAUACAGUAAGAUACUGUAACUAACCCAUGGCUUUUACUGUUCUGUCUUGUACUGCUGCUUUAAGAUUAUGAUCUUAUUGUGAUGCAUGUGUUCUUUGCAGGAGACUUUAGUGAAUCUGGCUGGACUGCUGGUCAGUCUGAUCCUUAUUCCUCUGGUCACUGACAAUCGACUGUGAGUCAUCUAUUGCACUGCUUACACUGCCACUGUAUGAGAUAGGACAUGACAAGACAGCUAACCUAUUGGUUAUUCAAUGGAGAUCGAUCUGUUUUCCAUCCCUUCUCCUCAGGCUGACGUUCGUCCUCUUCUUCCUUUUCACCAUCCUCCACCUUUUUGCAAAUUACAAAGCAGUGCGUUCGGUUGUCAUGGAGACACUCAACGAGGCUCGGCUUGCCAUUGUGCUCCACCAAUACCUGAGAGAUGGACUGGUCCUCGGUCCACUAGAGGCCAAUCAUAAAGAGCCUGUAUUCUUGGGUAUGGCUGACAUUCAGUGAAUAAUAAACAAUGAAAUGGCUUGUUGAUCAUUAUGGCUAUCAACUGUCCUUCUGCAUUGCUUGCUGUUUGGGGUUUUAGGCUGGGUUUCUGUAUAGCACUUUGUGACAUCUGCUGAUGUAAAAAGGGCUUUAUAAAUACAUUUGAUUGAUUGAUUGAUCAACUAUCAAUGGCUUUAACAUGCUUUUCUGAUGGUUUUUUGUUUGUUUGUUUUUUUAGAGUUCAGGAGGACAGUUCCAAUAAAACUGGGAGUGAGGCUAGGGGAAUUUGUUCAUACGUAAGUUGGUGUCUGCCUGUCUGGUGUCUUGAAAGUGAAGUGUGCUCAGAUUUGGAUGUUCAUUCUCAAUGAUAUACAGUACCAGUCAAAAGUUUGGACACGCCUACUCAUUCCAGGGUUUUUCUUUAUUUUUACUAUUUUCUACAUUGUUUAAUAAUAGUGAAGACAACUAUGAAAUAACACAUAUGGAAUCAUGUAGUAACCAAAAAAGUGUUAAACAAAUCAAAAUAUAUUUUAGAUUCUUCAAAGUAGCCACUCUUUGCUUUGAUGAUAGCUUUGCACACUCUUGGCAUUCUCUCAACCAGCUUCAUGAGGUAGUCACCUGGAAUGCAUUUCAAUUAACAGGUGUGCCUUGUUAAAUUUGUGGAAUUUCUUUCCUUCUUAAAACAUUUGAGCCAAUCAGUUGUGUUGUGACAAGGUAGGGGUGGUAUACAGAAGAUAGCCCUAUUUGGUAAAAUACCAUGUCCAUAUUAUGGCAAGAACAGCUCAAAUAAGCAAAGAGAAACGACAGUCCAUCAUUACUUUAAGACAUGAAGGUCAGUCAAUAUGGAAAAUGUCAAGAACUUUUAAAGUUUCUUCAAGUGCAGUCGCAAAAACCAUCAAGCGCUAUGAUGAAACUGGCUCUCAUGAGGACCGCCACAGGAAAGGAAGACCCAGAGUUACCUCUGCUGCAGAGGAUAAGUUAGAGUUACCAGCCUCAGAAAUUACAGCCCAAUUGAAUGAUUCACAGAGUUCAAGUAACAGACACAUCUCAACAUCAACUGUUCAGAGGAGACUGCAUGAAUCAGGCCUUCAUGGUCGAAUUGCUGCAAAGAAACCACUACUAGACGCAGAGUAGGUGAACGGAUGAUCUCCGAUAUGUGUGGUUCCCACCGUGAAGCAUGGAGGAGGAGGUGUGAUGGUGUGGGGUUGCUUUGCUGGUGACACUGUCAGUGAUUUAUUUAGAAUUCAAGGCACACUUAACCAGCAUGGCUGCCACAGCAUUCUGCAGCGAUACGCCAUCCCAUCUGGUUUGCGCUUAGUGGGACUAUCAUUUGUUUUUCAACAGGACAAUGACCCAAAACACACCUCCAGGCUGUGAAAGGGCUAUUUGACCAAGAAGGAGAGUGAUGGUGUGCUGCAUCAGAUGACCUGGCCUCCACAAUCACCCAACCUCAACCCAAUUGAGAUGGUUUGGGAUGAGUUGGACUCAGCAACUCCUUCAAGACCAUUGGAAAACAUUCCUCAUGAAGCUGGUUGAGAGAAUGCCAAGAGUGUGCAAAGCUGUCGUCAACACUUUUUUGGUUACUACAUGAUUCCAUGUGUUAUUUCAUAGUUCUGAUGUCUUCACUAUUAUUCUACAAUGUAGAAAAUAGUAAAAAAUAAAGAAAAAACCUGGAAUUAGUAGGUGUGUCCAAACUUUUGACUGGUACUGUAAUUCCUUUCAUUUUGUAGGUCAGAGGACCUUCAUUUGGCCAUGAAAAACAACCACAAGCCCUACCUUAUCGGAGUCAAACGUGGUGUGUAUAACAUCUUUCAGUAAUCCCCCCACCAACCAUCAACCCAGUUGUGACGUGGGUUGUCAUUUUAAUAGAUGGUGUAUGUCAUGUGAGUGUUAUUGAAUGUGCGGUUUCUCUCCCUUAGGCUCUGUGUGUGUGUGUUUGGGACCAGAUGCAUCUGUAUGUGAUGAGAUCAGGGCUGUGUGCCAAGCUGUGUGCCUCUGCACUGUGUUACACCCUGUCUCGCCACUGGAGGGGGCUCUCAAACAACUCUCAAUGUCACACAGCAACAGUGAGCCUUUACUGAUCAUCUUUACAUGACAGUUUAAACCAAUGUCUUUGUCAGUGCUGUGUUAACUCUUUCAGUGCUGCUAUCCCUUUUUCGUUUCCCUCAAGAUCAUUGGGAGCUGGUGCAUGAGAGUCAUAAGCUUAUGGACCACAUUUUUCAGCCAUUCCUCAAAGGUAAGCUCAGUGUAACAUGGUGUGCUCAGUCAGUAGCUGUUUACUCCCACGUCUAUGUUGGGAUGUUGUCAGUGGCGUCCAUUCAGCUCAACCUAGGGUAUGCCCCUCCCCUUCCCCUCAAUGAAUUGUUUGGUAGUUGAAGCUCAUUUACUGCCUCUUUACACAAUUUAAAAACUCUCAAAUGCUAUUUAAAAAUAAAAAGGACCCCAGCCAUUAAUUAUCACCGCAAUAUCGGGUUUAAAGCUCUGUGGAAUGGUGUGUAAAAUGUCAACCACUACUUAACCUCAUAAAUUGACUAAUUUACUUGUGAAACAGCACGUACAGUGAAAAUGAAAGAUGCAUAAUACACGCUAUCAAGUUACAACAAGCCCGACUUCAAAUGCCGAUAUCAAUGUGAAAGGAACUGGUGCAUAAAACAGCUGACCGCGAAUGCAAACUAUGCCAGAUAAAUCAUACACAUGCAUUGAAAUAGAAGGCAUAGCCCUACAUAAAGGACUUACUUAGGCCUAACAUCGACAAGGACGCAUGAAGACAAACUCGACCAAAGAAUGUAAAAAAUCACGAAAUACAAAUGGAAAAUCUACACGCCUUUUUAAAGGGAGCUAUGGCCACUUUACAUGUCACCUUCGCAAACCGUAGAGAUAGAUAGGACUCAUCUUUAUCUGUGCCAUUAUAGUGUCUAUGAGAGGACGGGCAACACCAUUGAGGCAGUCUCCAUUUUGAAGGAGUACAUUUUCUUCACGAUUGGCUGAUCCCUCCUGAUGACCCGGUUAGACAUGACUCGAACAGGGUUACCAGGAGAGCUCAGCCAAUGAAGUUGGUGGAAGCCCUCAAUGGCGCUGCCCAUGCUAAAACAGCCUUUUGGCCACUAGAGGCCUCUAUCAUUCUCUAUGUGUCAAACCUAUGUAUUCCCAGUAGUUACAUUUUCUCUGUGUGCGCCAAGCUCAUUUUAGAAUUUCUGCAUUAUUCGCCAUGGAAGGAAAACAUUCUACGAAUAUUGAAGCAUUUUAUCAACAAGUGGCUCUAAGAGUAUUUAAACAUUGUGUUAAACUGUUCGCUGCUCUGGCACCCCAAUAGUGGAACAAGCUCCCUCACGACGCCAGGACAGCGGAGUCACUCACCACCUUCCGGAGACACUUGAAACCCCACCUCUUUAAGGAAUACCUGGGAUAGGAUAAAGUAAUUCUACCCCCCCUUACCCCACCCCCAAAAAAUAAAAAUAUAUAUAUUGUAAAGUGGUUAUCCCACUGGCUAUAAGGUGAAUGCACCAAUUUGUAAGUCGCUCUGGAUAAGAGCGUCUUCUAAAUGACGUAAAUUUAAAUUUAAUGUUAAUGAACGAGGCGGCUCCGAGAAUAUUGAUAUAGUAACCAACGAAGGGGCGGCUCGCGCAAUUUUUUCUCUGGGCCAGCUUCUCUCUGUCUGAUAUUAAUGUGUUGCCUACACAGAAGUUGCACUAUCUGGGUGCUCAUUAUAUAUAAGUGCUACAUCCACACUAUAGCUAAAUAACUUAGUAAUAUUCAAUGUUUUGCAAGCAAGAUUGUUAGAUUCUCAUUUUAAUUCAGGAAGAUUGACAAGCAAGACUGAUAGAGUGAGUGGUGGAAAAUGCAUUAUACCAGAGGCAGGUAGGCUACAGGUAGGGAUUAGGGAUGCAGACAGACGAUGAUGAUGAUAAUGAAGUAGGCCUACAGCAAGAAGUUGAAAAAAGUUAGCCCAACUAAGUAACCAUGAAUGAUUUGCAUUCUCAAUUAUCAUUCUGUCACUGCAUGCCAAUGCACAUUUGUUAUAGCCUACAAUUGUUAGUCUUUAAAACCCAAAACAGGACAUAUAUUUAGCAAGUUGUUCAGUUUGAAAGCGAACUUGCACUAGCCAACUGGGUGAAUGAAUGGAAAUAUCAAUUAGGCCUACAGCUUUCACAACCCAUAUUUUAAUAGCAAUAAAUGCUUUUGGUUUCGAAUGGUCACCAAAAAGGACGGCUCCCCCACCUCCCAAUUCAAUUAUCUCCUGGCUAUCAGAUUACAACAAGGCUUACAAGGCCGACAGUUAAAAUGCCGACAUCAAAUUCUAAGCAAUUAGCGCACUGCCUAAACGGCUGACCGGCAAAGCAAAUUGGAACUGUCCAUGCUUUCUAAAAGUGAGCGAAAAGACCGCCGAAGAUAGUGAAUAAAUAAUAUAGUUUACACAGGCCGUUUACCAUUGAAAGAAAAUGGUCACGGUUCCUGUCUGUUUAAGUGGCAGUUUCCUCUCUCGCGUGAGCAGGCUUUUCCCAUGUGAGCUCACGGUUCCUCCAUAAUAUCUGGCAUGCUCACGCAAGAGAAGGAACAGCUCUCUCUGGUCUACUUAUUGUGCGCUCCCGCCCCGGCGGGGGCAAUAAGUAGAUCAGAGUGGUCCCGAUCAGAAAACAUUUGGGAGUGGAGUGUCUCGCUUUCUCUACUCUCUCUGAGGCCGCAGGCUGGCAGUCGUUCUCCGAGCGAUGCUCCACAAGGUCCUAAAGCCAGCCUGAAUAUGCUAAACAGCUGUUGCAUUUUAAAUCGGGAUUGGAAUGAUUUGAGUCUACUUUACAUUUUUGGUCUUGAGCGCCAUACCCAACUGACGCCCCUGGAUGUUGACACACUGGUCAGUCACCAUUGUUUGUUCUUCAUCUCUUCUAGCUCUGGAGGUAGCUGGAUGGCAGACCAGUCGAACCCUACUGGACUGGAAUGAAUGGAGGGUGGAGUGGAAGAAGAAGAGCAGUUAGUGGAGAGAGGCAGGGUCUCUGGAGAGCAGCAACUGCAAGGCAAUAGGCUGAGCUCUCUGUCGAACAUUAAUUGUGAGAUGCUCAAAGAUGAAUAUGCUCAGAUUCAUUUAAAGGUUUAUGUCCUUUUUUGGUACAUUUUAUACAAACUUCAGAAUAAACUUGACCAUAACUUUAACCAUCAUUUAUGUCCAGUGUGAUAUUACCAGCCCCUGAAAGUAAGCCUCUGACUAACCGGAUACAUCAUCCAGUGAUAGCCAGCUAGCUAGUCACAGUCUGACAUAGUGCAAUACAAUAAUUGUUUGGAAAGGGUUCUCUCAGGACCUCUGGAAUAUUGAAUAAAAUUACAUUUGAACUUACUCUGCCGAUUGUCUGGGGGAUUGGUCCUUUUGAGACAAAAUAUUAAAAGGAAUGUACUGUAUUAUUAAAUAGACUUUCCAAAUGUGGGUCCCACUUCUUCUCUGCUUACCUCAUGUCAAAAUAAAAGUCAGCGACAAGUGAUCGCUUCCCACCGGGCACACCAUGU